GAGAAACCGUAUAUAUGUAAGGAAUGUGGAAAGACCUUUGCUAGAGCUUCAAUACUUACUGUACAUAGGAAAAUUCACACUGGAGAGAAAACGUAUAUAUGUAAGGAAUGUGGAAAGGCCUUUGCUAGAGCUUCAAGACUUACUGUACAUAGGAGAAUUCACACUGGAGAGAAACCAUAUAUAUGUAAGGAAUGUGGAAAGGCCUUUGCUAGAGCUUCAAUACUUACUGUACAUAGGAUAAUUCACACUGGAGAGAAACCGUAUAUAUGUAAGGAAUGUGGGAAGACGUUUGCUGCAGCCUCAAGUCUUAGUGCACAUAGGAGAAUUCACACUGGAAAGAAACCGUAUAUAUGUAAGGAAUGUGGAAAGGCCUUUAUUCAAUCCUCAGGCCUCAAUAUGCAUAGGAGAAUUCACACUGGAGAGAAACCGUAUAUAUGUAAGGAAUGUGGAAAGGCCUUUGCUAGAGCUUCAAGACUUACUGUACAUAGGAGAAUUCACACUGGAGAGAAACCGUAUAUAUGUAAGGAAUGUGGAAAGGCCUUUGCUAGAGCUUCAAGACUUACUGUACAUAGGAGAAUUCACACUGGAGAGAAACCGUAUAUAUGUAAGGAAUGUGGGAAGUCCUUUGCUGAAUCCUCAAACUUAGUACAUAGGAGAAUUCACACUGGAGAGAAACCGUAUAUAUGUAAGGAAUGUGGAAAGGCCUUCACUCAGUCCUCAGGCCUCAGUAUCCAUAGAAGUAUUCACACUAGACAGAAACCAUAUAUA